AUGGAUGACGUGUUUCCCAUUUUUGAACAUGUGUACCAUAACCUGCUAGAAUACACAUGUGAAUUGAAGCAGCUUGUGUUGCGUGUGGUUCUGACUAUUUUUGAUUGGAUUUUUAUAUUGAUUUUGAAGAUGCCAAAUAUAUGCUGUGCAGCGAGAUGUUUUAAUAAAUCCAGUGAUGGAUAUGCAUUAAUUAGAUUUCCCAAGGAAAAUCAAUAUAAGAAAGCAUGGGUAGACGCUGUUUUUGGAGAGACAUCAAGAUCCUUGAAUAAUUUGAGAUUGUGUGAAGUUCACUUUGAGCCAUCAGAUGUAUUGGUGGUAGGUUGCCGGAAAGAAAUAAAAAAAGGUGCGAUUCCAUCACGUUUUUGCCAUUGUCUCUCUGAGAAUUUUUGUAAGUCGCAAGCAAGAAAGCGGAAGAAAGACGAAGUUUAUGUACGUAAUGUCAAAACGAGACUAGAUAGUUCAGAGAAUUUAAAUAAUAAUAUAUGGAGUGUUCGUAUAACAAGAGGCUUUCAGAAAAUCGUCUUCCUUUAAAACAAAUUGCGCCAAAUAUCUUAAAACAUUCUUAUAGUCAGACAUUGAAAUUUA